AAUGAGACACGGUAAUAUACUCAUACUCAUACUCAUUCUGGGUUGGCAAGAAAAAUUGAAAAUUAUGAAAAGAAAAGGAGGAACACAUUGAUUUAACGAGGACUAGUCAUUCAUUGCUGACCCUUUCUCCUAUCACGGCUAGACAUAAAAGACCAGCCUUUUCAUUUUGGAUUUGGUAAAACAGAAGUAAAGAUGAAAUUCGGGAAAGAAUUUGCAUCCCAAAUGGUCCAAGAAUGGAAAGAAGCUUAUAUGGAUUACAACUAUCUCAAGAGUGUAUUAAAAGACAUCAAGAUUGCAGCAUUAACUGAAGUUGAAGGGUCAUUAAAGAGAAGGCUAUCUAUGUACAGAGCCUUUAGUGGAUUACAAACUAGUUUCAAUGUUUGUCAAAACAAUGAAGAUGAAGCCAUAUUAGUUACUAGUUCACAAGGCCAUUAUCAAACUAUGUUUCUUUUGUCAUCUGAAAAAGGUGGAGAAAAUGAGAUGGUUUUCUUUAAAAGACUUGAUGAUGAAUUCAACAAGGUUCUAACUUUUUACCAGAAAAAAGUAGAGCAAGUGAAGGCUGAGGCUCAUGAGUUGAGUAAACAAAUGAAUGCACUUAUUGCUCUAAGAAUCAAGGUUGAUAAGCCUUCCCAUUUGGGAAAUCCAGGUAGGUCAGAAAUGGAGGAAAUACAAGAAGUAGAGAUGAGCAGUGAAGAAGAAGCAACAAGAGGGAAAAGAGAUGCAGCAAAUACAAAAACUAUGGAAUUUAGGCCUGCUCCACUAGAGAUUUUGGACCAUGUAAAAAUCAAUGUUGAACCUGAAACACCUGUCUCAACUUUAAAAAAUAUCAUCCAUACUUCAAAAUUUAACUUAUCAUUCAGCAAAGAGGAGCUGAAAAAAGCUGAAGAACAAAUGAGAAAGGCUUUUGUUGAGUUCUAUCAAAAGCUUCGACUUCUAAAAAACUACUGUUUCUUAAAUGUGUUGGCAUUUUCCAAGAUCAUGAAGAAGUAUGACAAGAUCACCUCAAGGAAAGCUUCUAAAUCAUACUUAGAUAUGGUUGAUAAAUCUUAUCUUGGUAGCUCUGAUGAGGUUGCUAAGCUCAUAGAAAGAGUGGAGGCCACAUUCAUAAAGCAUUUUGUCAAUGGAAAUCGAAGGGAAGGAAUGAAAUCUUUAAGACCACAAGCUAAACGAGAAACGCAUAGAGUAACAUUUUUCUUGGGUUUAUUCUCUGGUGGCUCAAUAGCAUUAGUGGCAGCUAUUGCUGUAUCAAUACAUUUCGGAAACCUUCUACAACAUGAGGGCCGUGGGCAGUAUAUGGAAAACAUAUUUCCACUCUACAGCCUAUUUGGAUACAUUGUCCUCCAUAUGCUCAUGUACGCCGUGAACAUAUACUACUGGAGGCGUUUUAGGGUCAAUUAUCCCUUCAUUUUUGGCUUCAAGCAGGGAACAGAACUAGGUUACAGACAAGUUCUUUUCCUUGCUUCUGGUCUUUCAGUACUUGCAUUAGCUGCUGCAUUAGCCCACCUAGAUAUGGAGAUGGAUCCAAAUACAAGAAGUUUUGAGACAGUGAUUGAGCUGAUCCCACUUGUCGUUGUGUUUAUUCUGCUUCUAAUAACUUUUUGUCCUCUGAACAUUAUAUAUCGUUCAAGUCGUUUCUUCCUUAUAAGAUGUGGCUGGCACUGUCUGUGCGCUCCGCUUUAUAAGGUUAAUCUACCAGAUUUUUUCUUGGCAGAUCAACUUACCAGCCAGGUUCAGGCAAUUAGGAGUUUGCAAUUCUAUGUCUGCUACUAUGUGUGGGGCAACUUUAGAACAAGAUCUAAUAAAUGUCAAGAAAGCAGUGCUUAUCAAAUCUUAUACAUAGUCGUCGCAAUUAUUCCCUUUUGGUCUCGGUUUAUUCAGUGCGUUCGCCGCUUAUUUGAAGAGAAAGAUUCAAUGCAGGGGCUUAAUAGCCUCAAAUAUUUCUCAACCAUUGUUGCUCUAGUGAUGAGGACGCUUUAUGCUCAAAAGAGAGGAACUUUUUGGAGAGUAAUGGCGGCAUCAACCUCAGGAAUUACUACAGUUGCAAAUACUUAUUGGGACAUUGUUAUAGAUUGGGGUUUAUUACAAAAGAAUUCAAGAAACCGUUGGUUGAGAGACAAAUUACUUGUGCCACACAAGAUUGUCUACUUUGUUGCCAUUGUUCUUGACAUUAUUCUGAGAUUAGUAUGGAUGCAGUUGGUUCUAGAUUUUCAAGAACUACCAUUUCUGCACAAGAAAGCAAUGGUUGCAGUAGUUGCCUCUCUAGAGAUCCUUCGACGAGGCAUGUGGAAUUUUUUCAGGUUGGAAAAUGAGCACUUGAAUAACGUCGGGAAAUAUCGUGCCUUCAAGUCCGUACCAUUGCCUUUUAACUACGAUGAGGACAAGAGUCUAUAACUAUAUUUAGCUGAUAUUAUAUAUAUAUACAUAUAUAUGCACAAGUCAAAGGAACUCAAGAUGAUUUUCUUUUUUUUUUCUUGUACAAUUCUUUGAUUCGUUUGUCAAUAUUGGUGUUUAUAAUACAGUGAAAUUAGCAGUGAAGAUAUAGAACAAAAAUAAAGUUGAUUCCAUUUCAGCCA